AUGUCAGCAUCAGCUCCCCAUAUCUGUGAUAUCCGAUGUGGACAAGAAAUUACCUGCCAAAGCUACAAUUACUAUAGAAAGAAGGAGAUCUGCGAACUAAACAACCGCACCAAAGAGGCGAGGACUGUAAACUUUCGCUCGGCCCCUGGUUGGUUUUAUAUCAGGCGUUUGAACGGAAGAGCACCUUUGGGUUCCAUUCUCGAAUUACCAGCACUAUCUUGCCAAGAAAUAAAGGCAAGUGAGGGAAAAGAUGCCAUUAGCAAUAAGUACUGGAUGAAUCCAACUGGUAAUGGAAAGACACAAUUAAUGUAUUGUAAUAUGAGCUUGGGAACUGGAGAAAUCGAUGAAUGCAAGAAUGAUAUCUUGCUCUGUGACGCCAAUGCAAUUUGUUCAAACACUUAUGGCUCGUAUAAAUGCACGUGCAAGGAGGGAUACAAUGGAACUGGACAUGAAUGUAUAGAUGUUGACGAAUGUGUAAAUGACAGGUUCAUUUGUGGUGUGAAUGCGACUUGUGUAAACACUAAUGGCUCUUAUGGUUGUACUUGCAAGGAGGAAGGAUCAGUUGGAGAUGGAAGUGUUUGUUCAGGUGAAGAAUGUCGAUCCAUUAUCUUCAAAGAACCCAUACAGGACAGAGUCAUGAAAUAUCAUUCAAUCAGGCUUGUAGAGGUGCCCCAUCAAGGCAGUUGUAAUGUGCUGUGUUAUAUGGAGCCCAAUUGUGUGUCCAUAAAUGUUGGGCUUUCACAAAGAGGGAACUACAUUUGUGAAUUGAACAACGCUUCGGACGAAAGUCCAAGCUCGUCCGACCUUCAGAGUAAACAAGUUUACACCCAUCUCAGUAUCGAGGUCGUCAGAACUGAGACAGGAAACUGUCGGGAGAAUAUGUACCGUAAGAGCUGGAACGUAGAGGAGUAUAUUGGUCAAUACGCGCAAGUCAGACUUGUAGAUGAGAGUUCUGGUAGAUGGGCUCACAUCAAUUUUGAUGACCUUAAAGGAGAUAUCAUUUGUCCUCACGAUUUAGACGAGAAAAAAUGA